AUGGGGAAAAGAAGUCGCGAGGAGGACUAUGCAGUGGAGGACAGGCUACCUCAAACUCAACCAUCAAGCUCGUCUCCAACGCAAUGUCCCUAUUGCUCCACCAUGAUUUACGGCUACGUUGGAUUCCAGAACCAUUUCUUGACAUUCCACGAAUAUCAAUGCUUAUCUUGUGACAAGAUUUUCCCUUCUCGUUAUAUAUUGGAGCUACAUAUCGAUGAGUACCAUAAUCCAUUCUCGAAACUACAUGGCACGAAAGUGAGGGAAGGUAAGGAAAUUGAUGAGGCUAGUAUACUACUACGAUGUCUUUGCGAAACUUGUGACAUGACAUUUAAUUCUUCACAAUUGCGAACUGAUCAUUUGAUUGAACAUCACAAUUAUCCAGAAACGUUCCCAUUCAACAUUACAUCGGAUGGAAUUGCAUCUACACCUUGA